AUGUUUUCCAGUACACUAACCAAAAACGAUGUCAUUCGUAUCGCAAACGGUCGCUGGCCUGAGCCAAACCCGACGCAAGGAUCCUCCUCCCCGACAGCACUGCUCUCAUCAACACGCUCACCGCCACACGCAGCUCAGCCGAAAGAACAGCCUCCCAGAAUGGGACCCACCAGAAAUCAGAACCAGGAAAAACAGCCUACCAGCAGAUAUCAUGGACAGAUUGACGGAACCCACCACCAGCCCUAUAUUAGAAGAGUGACAACUGUCCCCGUAAGUUUUGGUGUCCCCGUCACUCUAGUAAGCAUGGAUGCACUCCAAUGUAUUGCACAGGACGAAGAGAAAGGCUUUAUGGUGCAGCCCCUUGCAUGUUUAGAGGCUUAUGUGAUUAGGGGAUGA